UGAUAACACGUCAGUUGGUCACAAUGUGUCAAAGUUUGCUGGUGUUACCAUUUUUACUAGCGGUGGUAACGGCCGGACGGUCACCACAUGCUGAUUUGGUGGACAAACUUGAACGGAGUCCGGAAGGUGGGAGAUAUUCUUCCAAUAUUUUUGAAGAUGGGAGACUUGAUCUGGAAAGUGUGAUCAGAAAAUACCAGUACCCCUACGAAUCUCACCACGUAGUGACAGAAGAUGGAUAUAUCUUAGGAGCUGUCCGUAUCCCACAUGGAAGGGAUCAGAAUAACCAGCCAGGAUCCAAGACAGUGGUCCUGAUAUUGCACGGUCUCCUCUCAUCUUGUGCUGACUUCGUGCUAUUAGGACCUGGUCAAGCGUUAGCUUACAUGCUCGCCGAAGAAGGAUACGACGUAUGGCUCCUAAACUCCCGAGGCAACUUCCACUCCAGAAAUCACACAACUUUGGACCCAAAUAGACGAGGGGACAUCUCAUUCUGGAACUUCAGUUGGGACGAGAUGGGCCGAUAUGACAUCCCAGCAUACCUCGAUUAUAUCUUAGAGCUCACGGGCCAAGAGAAGGUCCACUACAUCGGUCAUUCUCAAGGGUCUACUUCGUUCUUAGUGGCCAUGUCAAUGAGACCUGAGUAUAAUGAGAAAAUAAUAUCUUUCCAAGGACUCGCUCCGGCUGCGUUCUUUUACAAUAAUAGGAAUCCGUUCUAUCUGAACAUUGCUCCGUUUGAACGGGUUUUAGAAUCUCUCGCCAAUCAGAUAGGCAUCUAUGAAGUAUUGGGCAGAAACGACGUGUUAACGCCAAUCCUCAUGCAAAUCUGCCGAGACGGGAUCGCCACACAAGCUUUGUGCAGGCUGCUUAUCCAAUAUGACAAGAGUGAAGGUGUUUUCAAUACGACAAUGUUCCCAGUAUUCCUCGGUCACGCCCCGUCUGGCGCAUCUAUCCGCCAGAUCACCCACUAUGGCCAAGGCAUCAAAUUCGGCACUUUCAGCCGCUAUCACCACGGCCACCGCAAGAAUCUAGUGACCUACGGCAGAGUAGACCCUCCCCCUACAACUUGGACCUGAUAACCGCUAGAUGUUACUUACACUAUAGUUUGAGUGAUCUGGAGGCAGACUAUAGGGAUGUGCAGCUGUUAGGAGAGCGGCUGCCGAAUGCAAGGGCCAUGCAAGUGCCGCGACCUGGCUUCAAUCAUAUAGACUUCAUUUGGAGUAUGGACGCUAGGGAGCAGGUGUAUGAGACGGUGCUAAGGAUGAUGAGGGAGGCUGAGAGACUACAAUAAACGAUUUUUCUAGUUA